AAAAACUUCUCACUGCCCAGCUGAGGGAUGAGGGAUGAGGGAUAGAAGAACGGAAGCAGCACAUGUGAACAGGUUUGAAUUCUGAGCUUUGGAAAAUGGCAUGUCAAAUCUUGUUGCCAGUGCUGCUUUUGGGGAUGAUAAGUACUGUGGCUCCUCAGACAAGACCCCUCUACCCAAAUAGUGGAACAACAAGCUCUCGAUCAGAUGAUGGAAGUUCACCUCGAAUUACCCUGCUAGGAGCUUUUGUUUACUUUGGACAGUCCUAUCGCCAGAUUUAUGUGAACCACAAUGGACACCUGACCUUUGCUAAUACAUGGUCUUCGUACUCACCACAACGGUUUCCAUUGCAUGGAACCAGAGACAUCAUUGCUCCAUUCUGGACAGAUUUGGACAACAGAAGAACUGGUCAGAUCUUCUACAACCAAUACACCAGUGGCAGUGUCCUCCAACAAGCUACACGGGACAUUAAUGCCUACUUCCCUACACUGCGCUUUAAUGCUAACUGGGUCUUUGUUGCUACAUGGUACCAGGUGGCCUACUUUCCAACCUCUGGCACACGAACAACAGUCCAAGCAGUUUUGAUCUCUGGUGGCCAGUUCUCAUUUGUGCUGAUGAACUACGGGGAAAUAGCCGCGACAAGCCGCAAUGUACAGGUUGGAUAUGACACCGUCAAUUCCAAUCAUCAUUUCACCGUCCCUGGAUCAUUCUCAAGAAAUGUUACUGCUAUCGGCAUGAGCAGUAAUGUCAAUGUACCCGGACGCUGGGCCUUCCGGACAGACCAUGGACCAAGCGGCUGCACUUUUAAUGGUGAACCUGUGCAGCUGGGAGACUCAUUCUGGAGCGACAGAACCUGUGCACAAAAGUGCACCUGCACCUCAGCAGGCCUGCAGUGUGUCAGGCAACCCUGCUCCUUUUCCCAAAUCUGCCGGGCAUCUUCAUUCCAAUUCUCCUGCCAGACGGUGCGGAGACGCACAUGCACCAUAAGUGGUGAUCCACAUUACUACACCUUCGAUGGCAAAGUGUUUCACUUUCAGGGCACCUGCACAUACGUUCUGUCGGAACAAUGUGGUCGUGGGCUGCCCUACUAUCGAGUGGAGGGCAAGAACGAGCACCGGGGCAGCACGCGAGUCGCUUGGACACGGCUGGUUAAAGUGUUUGUCAACAAUGAAACUAUUGAGCUUGUCAAAGGACAUCGCGGUGAAGCUAAGGUCAAUGGAAGCUUUGCUGCCACCCCGUUCUCCCUUAGCAAUGGUUCUGUCCAGGUUUAUCAGUCAGGUUUUUCUACGAUCAUCAGUGCUGACUUUGGCUUGGUGGUUUCUUACGACGCAUAUCACUACGUCAGAAUCAGUUUGCCCUACACUUACCAGAAUGCAACAUGUGGCCUAUGUGGAAACUUCAACAAUCGCACCACGGAUGACUUUCGAACCCGCCAAGGAGAAGUUGUUGGCUCUGAUGUGGUUUUUGCCAACAGUUGGCAAGCAGCAGGGGACGCUGAGCCUGGAUGUGGGAUCCAUUGCAGUGGACUGGACUGUGCUUCCUGCACUGUACAUCAGACAGCUUUAUACAGCAAUGCGGCCCAUUGUGGUGUCCUCCAGAACAGUUCUGGACCUUUUGCUGCUUGCCAUCGACAGCUUCCCCCACAGUCCUUUGUGGAGAGUUGUGUGUUUGAUCUGUGUGUAGGAGAAGGGUACCAGCCCAUUCUGUGUCAAGCCCUAAAUGUUUAUGCAAGUCAGUGUCAGCAGAAUGGAAUACAACUGCCAAGAUGGAGAAGACCAGGCCUCUGUGAAAUCCCCUGCCCAGCCAACAGCCACUUUGAGCCAGAAGGCACAGGAUGUCCAGCUACCUGUGUCAAUCCCAAUUCCACCCACAACUGCCCUCUCCCUGUCCAGGAGAGCUGCAUCUGCAAUUCAGGCUACAUCCUCAGUGGUGGGGUCUGCGUCCCUCUUGCUGACUGUGGCUGCAGCUUUGAGGAUCGUUACUACCGCUCUGGAGAAACUGUGAUACUAGACGAGGACUGUGGGAGACGUUGUCGCUGCAGUUAUGGCUCCAUGACCUGUCGCUCACAUAGUUGUAAUCCACUUGAAUCAUGCAGGGUGGAGGAAGGAGAAAGAGGAUGUAGGCCUAACAACUAUGCAACUUGCUGGAUCAGGGGCCCGGGGUCAUAUCAGAUGUUUGAUGGACUGACAUACCAGUAUCCUGGGGCGUGUCGACUGACUCUUGCCAAAGUGAUGGGAUUGUCUGCUUACCCCCACUUUGUGGUGACAGCAGAGAAAGUGCCCAGAGGCCAACAAGGUUUUGCCAGGUUGCUAAACUUUGAGGCAGAGGGAACACAAGUGUCCAUUGAGAUGACAAAUAGCAGCAAGGUUCGGGUUGACGGUCAGCUCAUCAGACUACCUUUCAGCUCAGCAUCCGACCGAAUCCAAAUCUACCACAGCAGCAUUCACAGUAUCAUCAUUCGCACCUCCUUUGGUGUGACUGUGCAGACAGUCUGGCCUCACUUUGUGCGUGUCACUGCACCUGGUAUCUACAAUGGUUCACUGGGUGGACUCUGUGGUAACUACAAUGGUCACUCACAUGAUGACUUCCGCACACCCAACGGCAUCCCGGUCAACAGCUCUCAGGCCUUUGGAGACAGUUGGCGAGACGGCUCCCUCGCUGCUCAUUGUGUAGAAAGUGUGAAUAAUAAUUCCACAACAAAUUACAAUUCCAGUGAGUACUGCGGAAUAAUUGCCUCACGAACUGGGCCAUUUACCCAGUGUUGGUCCACGGUAGACCCAAGGCAGCAUAUGGAAGAGUGCAUUAAGAUCAUUAGAACCUCUAAUGAUCCAGCAUCAACACUCUGUGAGGUCCUACGAGAUUAUGCACUAAUAUGUCAACAGAAGGGCGUAGCGCUGCGACACUGGAGGAAUGCAACUGGUUGUGAGCCAACCUGCCCUCUACACAGCCAUUACGAACUUUGUGAUACCACUUGUCCCUCCACCUGCCCCAGCCUCUCUUUCCCUUUCACUUGUGACAUUGUGUGCCAGGAAGGGUGCCAGUGUGAUGAUGGUUUUGUCCUCAAUGGCAACCAGUGUGUGCGACCAACAUCCUGUGGAUGCCAUCACAAUGGACGCUAUCGACAAGCUGCUGAACAGUUCUGGGAUGGUGAGGAAUGUCAGAGCUCAUGCACCUGUAACGGUGCAACUGGGACAGUGCACUGUACUCCCAGCUCCUGUGGUCCCCAGGAGUCCUGCCGUGUGGUGGGGGGCGAGUUUGGCUGCCAUCCCAGCCCUCAUGGCACCUGCUCUGCCUCUGGCGAUCCCCACUACCUCACAUUUGAUGGCAAGGCCUAUGACUUCCAGGGAACCUGCCGCUACGUCUUAGCAACCCUUUGCAAUGACACUGAUGGACUCCACCAAUUUUCAGUGGAAGCAAAGAAUGAGCCAUGGAACGGGCAGCCAGUUUCAAUCACAGCUGAUGUGUUUGUGAAUGUGUGGGGCUACCGACUGCGUAUGUCCAGGCACAGAAGAGGUAUGGUAGAGGUAAAUGGAAUAACAAAAAAUCUUCCAGUUCUGUUGAAUGGAAAUGUGUCUGUCUUUGCAAGUGGAUCUCGCACAUUCAUCAGUGCUGCCUUUGGCCUCAGUGUCACGUACGAUGGAUGGAGUACAGUGUCCAUCUCUGUGCCAUCAAAUUACAGCGGAAAAACAUGUGGACUUUGUGGAAACUUCAAUGGAAAUCAGACAGACGACUUCCACACACCAUCUGGAACAAUAGUCAACACUCCAGAUGAGUUUGGGACGUCUUGGAAGGUGGCGGGCAACUACACCUGCAGUGAUGGGUGUGGUUCCUCCUGUCCCCGGUGUACCAACGAACUCCCUGCUAGAGCUCAGUGUGAAGUGAUCCGGGCAGCUGACGGCCCCCUCAGCUUCUGCCAUGAACAGGUGGACCCGGCGCCAUACUUCAACGACUGUGUGUUUGACGUUUGUGUGUCAGGAAAUGCUGGUCAAGAUCUUCUGUGCAGGGCCAUACAAGCUUACGUCAGUGCCUGUCAGUCUGCUAAUGUUCGAAUCUACCCUUGGAGACAGAACACCACCUGCAGACUGAGCUGUCCAGCCAACAGCCAUUAUCAGCUGUGUGGUACCGACUGUGGCCACACGUGUGCCAGCAGUGUUGAUGCCACCUGCGAGCAGGUUUGCUCUGAGGGAUGUUUCUGUGAUGAAGGGUUCCUCAGGAGCGGGACGAGGUGUGUCCCUGUGGAAAGCUGUGGCUGCCAAUAUGAUGGCUCCUACUAUGAUGCUGGUGAGUCCUUCUGGACAACGGGCUGCUCCCAGCGAUGUGAAUGUCAUGCUCCCAACGACCUGCGCUGCUCCGUUGCAUCUUGUACUCCUGAACAAGAGUGCACCAUCAGAUAUGGCCAGCUGGGCUGUUACGAUGCAAUGUCUACUUGCACCGUUUGGGGAGACCCACACUACAUCACCUUUGAUGGGGCACUGGCUCAUUUCCAGGGCACAUGCUCUUACAUCAUCACCGAGAGCUUGAGCCACGGCACCAAUGACACACAGUUUCAGGUGGCAGCCACCAAUAAUCACCGUGGCAACAACCUUGUGUCCUUUGUAUCUGCAGUGCAUAUAUACCUCUCAAAUCAAACAGACAGAGUGUAUGUAAGGAUUGGACCAAAUAAAAGAGUAACGGUAAAUGGAAGUGAGGUAGCUCUUCCAACCACCAUAGGAACCUUUGCUCAGGUUGUAAGACAGGGAAGCUACAUAGUGGUUGACGCCAGUGACCUGUUGGUCCAGUUCGAUGGCAGAAGCACCUUACUGGUCAGAAUCGGCCAAAAUCACCGAAACAGAGUAACUGGGAUGUGUGGGAAUUUCAACAAUGAUCCUGCAGAUGACAAAGUCUUGCCCAAUGGCACACUGGCACAAAAUGAUAAUGAGUUUGGACACAGCUGGAAGUCAUCCACAAGCCAACCAGGAUGUGGAUCAACUGACGGAAUGAAUGGUGAUGGAUUGAGCAACUGCGGAUUCAGGGACGAAUACAAUGAGCUCUGUAGCGUCAUCACCAACACCAGCGGCCCAUUCAGCGCCUGUCACCUGCACUCUGACCCGCAGCCAUUUUUCACUUCCUGCGUCUAUGACCUCUGCCUCUACACUCCAGCCAAUGGCAUGCUGUGUAGUGCUGUUUCAGCCUAUGAGCGAACUUGCACAGUUUUGGGGUUGAACAUCACAGAGUGGCGCUCGGCUCUACACUGUGCUGAGACAGACCCCUGUGAACAGCUGAACUGCACCGAAUAUGAGUGGUGUGGUGAGAAGGACGGGGUUUACGGCUGCUUCUGUGAUGAACACCACCAUCGGCCCAACAACGAGAGCUAUGAUUCGUCCAUCAAUUGUGUCAGUAGUUCAGGCACUAUGUCCGUGUCGCGCUGCCAGCUGUUCGAGGCCGGCUUCCACCGGAGCGCCCUCCAUCUCCAAGACGACUCCUGUAAAGCUUCUCUACAGGACGGACGACUGGUGUUCAACUUUAACAACGACGAGCAGCUGUGCGGCACGAUGCUCAAGAGCAAUGGGAGCCAUUUCAUCUAUGAGAACACCAUCCAGGGGGAUGUGGAUCCUCAUGAUGGCCUAAUCAGCCGCCAAAGGAACAUCCAUCUGCUUUUCUGCUGUGUAUACCCUCUGGCUCAGGCCUUGUCUAUGGCUGUGGGCAUUAACCCUGUAGAGAGCAUUGUGAGGAAGAAGCUUCCAACUGGCCGUGGGCAGUAUCACACGAGAAUGAUCCCCUACCAGGACGCCAACUUCCACUACCCCCUCACCAGUACCACCGACAUUGAAAUGGAAGUAGACCAGAAGAUGUAUGUGGAGGUGCGGACAGAAGGAGUCGAUCCACGGCAGAUCUCCACCAUUCUGGACACUUGCUGGGCCACGCCAGUCAACUCUGCCGACUACCCUGUUCGCUGGGAUCUCAUUAGUGAAGAGUGUCCCAAUCCAGCAGAUGGCACAGUAGACCUGGUUCAGAACGGCGUCUCCACUGUGGCCCGCUUCUCCUUCAGGAUGUUCACAUUUACCAACUUUUCAUCCAUCUUCCUGCACUGCCAGGUCCACCUGUGUCUUUUGAGACACAACAACUGCACAGCUCACUGCUACCCGGGUCACCACAGGCGAGUUGAGAGGGACGUAUCCUACCAUGACACUACAGGCAUCUCAUUAGGACCACUAAACCUGAUCGAACCAAAAACACGCUUAAGGGGUGUACCGAAAGCAAGCUGUGCUCCAGGCCAGUUGACCUCACUGGUGACCCUACUUGUCAGUUUGCUGCUUGCCAAAACUCUGGUCUAGGGAGACCAAAGAUGAACCAUAUUUUAAAAUCACACAACAUGAUAUAUUUGGUUUUGGUUUGUAUCUUUAUUUCAGAGGCCUUGUCCUUGUUAUCUGUAUUUGUGUAAGUAAUUUUGCUCUUCAACAGUAGGGGGCACCAACAUACAGCAUGCUAAAGUUGAAACCUCCUUCGUCCUUUUCACUGUGUUUUUAUUGAUUGAAUCCUUAGUUUCUUUGUAGCAAUUCUCAUCAUUAAAUUUCUGUCAUAUACAAAAUAAUUAUAACAAAAUGAUUACGACCAAUAAAGAAUAAAUGAAGCAUUUUAA